AUGGCUUCAUCGAACUUGCAUCAAACUGAGCAAUACAUCCACAAGAAAUUUGCAAAGCUUACCAAUAAGAGGAAGCAAAAAGAAAUCGAAGAUAAGGAAAAUGUAAUAAAUGCACAAACUAUAUUGGAUAAGGCAAACAAGGAAACGGAAGAACCUUUACCGAAAAGAAAACAAACUAAAGCUUUAUUUCGACCAUGGUUGGAUGAUAAGAAAAAGAACACAACACAAACCCCAACUACAGCAGAAAGAGUUUUUAACUCAGUCCUGGCAAAUCAACAACCUUCACAAUUGUCCCAAAAAACAAAACGUAAUCGCAAACAUUUGACAACACUUAUCCAUCAGUAUAAUCAACAAGCUCAACAGUAUUUGUUGCAGCAGCAACAAUACUACGCUUUCUAUCAACAACAGCAACAAGCUGCCGCUAAGCUGCAUCAUGUUUUAUAUCUACAGCAAUUACAACAAAUGGCCUUACAGCAGCAAAACCAGCGACAAUUAUUUGUUUUUGGUCAACAGUGA